AUGGCAGCGGCUCUCAUCCUGCUGGGCCUUGGCUGGUGGCUGGUGGUGCUGAGUGGGGUAGGAGGAGAGCGCCGACCCUUCCUGUCGGUGCACCCCAGCCAGGAAGUGGCCAUGGGGGACAUUGUCACCCUGCAGUGCCACGUGCCCCGGCCGGCUCCCAGGGUCCUGGUCUACAAGGAGGGAGAUGGGAGUUACCUAUGGUACCAGUCAAAGGUGACAGAUAUGGCUGAGUUCUCUGUGGAAGUGUUGACAAGGGACAUUGGUGGGAGAUACCGGUGCCGGUAUGAGAUCCUGAAUCUGUCUAAGUCCUUGAAGACGAGCAACGCUGUGGAGCUGGUGGUGCUGGAUACCCAGUUCCCCCCACCCACAGUGUCCCUGAGCCCUGGGGGUUGUGUGGGGACGGGCACCAAUGUCACCAUCCAGUGUGAGUCCAUGUACGGGGCCACCUUCAUCCUGCACAAGGCCGGGCGCUCGGGCCACAUCCAGCGCAAGGACCCUGACGUCAGGGGCACGGCCACCUUUGUCCUCCCCGAGGUGACCCCAUCUGACAGCGGGACCUACGGGUGCUCCUACCGUCCCCGAGGGCACCCCUUUAUCUCCUCGCACCCCAGUGCUGAGGUGACGCUGCAGGUUGGACCUGGUGGGCCCAGCACAACUUCCACCCCACCACUACCCCCAGAUUUCUCCUUGAUCAACACGGUGCGCCUGGUGCUGGGUGCAGGGGUGCUGGUGGUGCUGCUGCUGCUGAGAUUCUGCUGGCCCUGCGUCGUGGGGGGCCCUACCCUGAUGGCAGUGUCUCUCAUCCUGCUGGGCCUCGGCUGGUGGCUGGUGGUGCUGAGUGGGGUAGGAGGAGAGCCCCGACCCUCUCUCUCAGUGCACCCCAGUGAGGAGCUGGUGGUAGGGGACAUUGUCACCCUGCGGUGCUGCGUGCCCCGGCCGGCUCCCAGGGUCCUAGUCUACAAGGAGGGAGAUUGGAGGUACCGACAGUACCGGGAUGGGGUGAAGGAUGUGGCUGAGUUCUCCCUGGAAGUGUCGACAAAGGACAUUGGUGGGAGAUACCGAUGCCGGUACGAGAUUCCAGAACUGUCGUGGGCCUUGAAGACGAGCGACCCCUUGGAGCUGGUGUUACUCAAUUUCCCCCCCCCCGCCACUGUGUCCCUGAAGCCCAAGGGACGUGUGGGGAUGGGCACCAAUGUCAGCAUCCAGUGCCAGUCCACGUAUGGGGCCACCUUCAUCCUGCAUAAGGCCGGGCGCUCGGGCCCCAUCCAGCGCAAGGACCCUGACGUCAGGGGCACGGCCACCUUUGUCCUCCCUGAUGUGAUCCCAUCCGACAGCGGGACCUACGGGUGCUCCUACCGUCCCCGAGGGCACCCCUUUAUCUCCUCACACCCCAGUGCUGAGGUGACGCUGCAGGUGGGACCUGGGGGGCCCAGCACAGCCUCCGUCCCACCACUACCCCCAGAUUUCUCCUUGGGCAACACGAUACGCCUGGUGCUGGGUGCAGGGGUGCUGGUGGUGCUGGUGGCGCUGGUGGGGGCUGAGAUCCUGCCAGCCCUGUGCCGUGGGGGGCCCUAG